AUGCCCGCAAACGCGAACGAGAUGUCCAUCCCCAUGCAGUCGUACGCGCCGGUUCGGGACGGGGGCGCGCGCAGCCACUUUAGCGACAACAAGCUCCUCCAGCGCAUCACAUUCUCCGAGCCGAGUCGCACCUCCGGCGGCGUGCCCCUGCGCAACCUCGGCCUCCCGCAGUUCCACCCCGAGCCGCAGGUGGCGGGCGCGUUAUCUGCGCCGUUUGACAAGCCGGGCGUCGUGGAGAGCGCGAUACGGGUGUACGUGCAGUGGCCGGGGUAUGAGGAGCAUGUCUUUGAAGCGAUCUCUCUGUUCAGGCGCGAGAGGGAUUUCCGCCCGAUCACGCGCCAGGAGCUCGCCGUCGAGGUCGCCGCUCUCGUGAAGCGUCACAUAGACACGCUCAAAUACGCCGACCCGGCCACCUCGCCGAGCGCCGCCUACGCGCGGUACGCACUCGAGAACCUGCACUCGGCGCCGGGCGAGCGCCUCACGGAGAAGCAUCUGAGGCUGACUGGCCUGCGGUACCAGACGGAGGACGUGUUCGUGCCGGAGAUCGUUGUCUGGCACGAUGGGGAAGGACAGCCCUGUGUGUUUGAUGCUUUUCGUUUGGAGGGCAGUCAAGAGGAUUGA